CGUUAAAUGUUCAUUCAAAGCAAAAUGACAUUUUUUCUGAUAUUCGCAUUAGUCUUCGUAAUUUCUGCAAUUACGGAAACAUAUUGCGACAGGGUUGUAGCAUUCAACUACGAUGGCAUGGACUUGCAAGAAUCGUUUUCAAAUUACUUUGAUAUUUCAAAGGCAGAAAUAAAACUUAAAGAAGGAUCUGACUCGAUCCUAAUUAAUGGAGAGGUCGAACAAAAAGUGGAUUUUGAUGAUAAUUGGACGGUGGAAGGGAAGAUUUUCCGUAGUGAUACUGCUGACGGUGAAUACACCAUUUAUUUGGCAAUACCCAAGCUUGGAGUCUGCACGUUUAUGAAGACAGUUUACAAGGUGUACUUAUUUCCAAUUUUGAAGGAAUGUUCUAACUUACCCGAUCCAGAAACGUGUCCGAUUACAAAGGCGAAGUACCAUGCAAAAUGCGAAUUAGAUGUUGUUGUUGCUCAAAGUUUUGCGAAAAAGGGUUUUUACAAGAUUUAUGCAGAUUUAUACAAUGAUGGUCACCAUGAAACUGGAAUCGUUUUACGAGGAUCAGUACAUGACAAAUAAUUUUAAUUGAAAUAGAUUUUUGUUCAAAUAGUCUCUUGAAGUAAA